AUGCCUCCAAAACAACAAUUGUCUAAGGCCCAGAAGGCCGCCGCCGCCAUGGCCGGUGGUAAGAAGUCCAAGAAGAAGUGGUCCAAGAAGUCCCACAAGGACAAGGCCCAACACGCCGUGAUCUUGGACCAGGAGAAAUAUGACAGAAUCAUGAAGGAAGUGCCAACCUACAGAUACGUGUCUGUCUCCGUUCUUGUCGACAGAUUGAAGCUUGGUGGUUCUUUGGCUAGAAUCGUCUUGAGACAGUUGGAACAGGACGGUGUCAUCACCCCAGUCAGCAAGCACUCCACCCAAGCUAUCUACUGCAGAGCCACUGCUGCCUAA